CGACCGCAACAACGAAACAAACAACGUGAUUCAACGAUCUGACUGAUAACAGCAACAGCAUCCACAAGGGUGAAAGUUUGUUUAUAGAAUUUAAAAUAAGUAAUUUGUAGAUUUGUGUUGAUAAUAAUAUUCACGGUCAGUGCCUAUAGAAAUCGAUUCGAAGGUCUCAAACAUUAAAUUGAACUCUGUAUUUUUCAAUGUUGACAAUCGUUAGCAUGUUGUGUCAAAUUUGCCUUGAUAACCGUUGAUGAAAAGUGAAACAAUUAAGCAUAUGAAGGAGUUGAUUGCUGAUAUUGCAGCAUCAGUAUGGGGUCAGGCUUCCUGGAUGAAAAUAUCAACCCUUGCCUGAAGGAGCAAGCCUUGUCACUAAAGUGCCUGCAGAAUAAUAAUUAUGACAAAGAUAAAUGCUUUCUUCCUAUCGAGAACUACAAAUUUUGCAAAAAGUUUUGGGGCAAAGUCCGAAAAAUGAGAAGGUCACAGGGUAUUUAUCCUUUACUACCUCCACCUGAAGAAAGAGAAAAAGUGAAAGCAGACUGGCAGGCAGGCAAAUUUAAGCUGGACGUAUAGUCAGGUUUUUAAAGGUGCAUUGCAAAUUCAUGGAGUGCAUUAGAGAUUAUUUAGCAAGAGGUAUCUUUCCUAUCGCAAACAUCCACUCAUAUGGAAAAAAGUGAUAAUGCUGAUUUAACAAUUUUGUAGUUGAAAAAAAUGUCCGACGUGUUUCAGUGUAGAUUUACAAUAAUAAAAUGCUAAUUUUACCACCUCCAUUGUCAAAUUAGCUUUCCAAUAUUGUAAAAUGUACAUUCAAAACAUGUCGGACUUAUUUUUUAACAAUUUAAUUGUUAAAUCAGCGAUCAAUUUUUUCCGUGCAGGACAAAGUGAGGCAGCUGUAAUUAGACUGGUACCUGUAGUUAUCUGAUAGACUCAUGAGAUGAAUGGCAUCCGAGUCUUUCGUUUUCCUAAUGUAGCUCAUGAAACUUAAUAAGUGUCAAAUGAUUGUAACAUAAUUGUAAUCAUCUAUUGUUUUCAUUGUUUUAUUAUUAAAUGUAUUUGAUCAAAUCCC